ACUUCUAUAUAAAUUUAUUUUUUUCGCGAUAUUUGUGAAAAUUGUGUAUACUAAACACGCCUUCUGUCUUUAACUCUGCAAUAAAUAAUAUAUACAAAUAUCUAAAUUAUUUUAUAUAAACUUUUAAUUUUAAUAAUCGAAAUAUAUAAAUAUGUUUGGUGGUACAAAGCCUACGUUUGGAUCUACCACCACAAACACUGGAUUUGGCACAUUUAGCAGUACGCCAACAACUGCGCCAUUCGGUCAGUCUGCAUUUGGAAAACCGGCGACAUCAGCUUUUGGCACGACAUCAACUUUUGGAGCUCAACAACCCACCACGUCGUUAUUUGGUACUAAUGCAGCACAACAACAGACGACUGGUUUGUUUGGUGCGUCGAAUACAUCUUCAGCUUUUGGCGCAACAACAACAACGCAGCCAACUUUCGGUGGAUUUAGUCAACCGCAGCAAAAUACUUCAAUAUUUGGAACUACACAACCCGCUGCUAACACAAGUUCACUUUUUGGACAGUCUUCAACUUCAGCAUUUGGUUCUACAGUUAAACCAAGCGGUUUAGGUGGGUUUGGUCAAACAGCGCAACCUACCUCUUUAUUUGGGCAAACUGCACCAAGCACUUCUAGUUUUGGUAGUUUUGGUCAAACAGCUCCAGCAAAUACAAGUGUAUUUGGCAGUACAACAACGAGUGCUUUUGGACAAACUACUGCAGCGGCCGGUGGUGUGAAUUCCGGCAGUUCCAUCGCAAAAUAUCAACCAACAAUAGGCACUGAUACCCUUAUGAAAGGUGGCCAACCAAAUAAUGUUAAUACUAAACAACAUUGUAUAACUGCUAUGAAAGAGUAUGAAAAUAAAUCACUUGAAGAAUUACGUAUGGAAGAUUAUCUUGCCAAUCGAAAAGGACCACAGAGCGGUACUGCACCCGCCGGUGGAUUUUUUGGUACAAAUACGCAAGGUACACCAAGUACUGGACUUUUCGGUUCAACUACACAACCAACAACUGGUCUUUUCGGCCAACCUGCUGCCGGCGGUGAAAAUAAAAAUUUAUUUGGUACAAGUGCUUUUGGUCAGUCUACAACCUCUGCAUUUGGGCAAACACAACCACAGAGCAGCUUUUUGGCUAAACCAUUUGGUGCAACCGCGGGUUUUGGUACUACAACUACAGAUGCCGCAGCCAAUCCCUUUGGUCAAAAGCCUGCUUUUGGAGCUAGUACGACGGGUGGUUUAUUUGGACAAACACCCGCAGCUAGUACAGCACCUGCUUUCGGACAGACAACCACUGGAUUUGGUGGAUUUGGCAGCACUGCUGGUACACAACAAACUUCCUUAUUUGGCGCACCAGCUGCAGAUGCAAAUAAGCCAGCUUUUGGCUUAGGCGCAACAUCAACUGCGAACACAGGGUUUGGCGGAUUUGGAACACCUGCAACAAGUACAGCUGGAGGAGGACUAUUUGGUGCUAAGCCAACUACAGGAUUUGGAGCUACAACAGGAUUCGGAGCCACAUCUACAGCCAAUACCGGCUUCAACAAUUUUUCAAUGAAUAAUACUGGUGGCGGUUUAUUUAAUUCAAACCUCAAUAAACCGGCCACAUCCGCAUUCGGCGGCUUCAAUACCCAAACAUCUGCGGCACCAUUGAAUUUUAACACAGGAUCUACGGGUACUUCACUUUUUGGCAAUACUGCUGCUAAACCACUAUUUGGCAAUACACUUGGAAAUACGAGCACGGGCGGAGGAGGUCUUUUUGGUGGAACAACAGCAUUCGGUGUUAAUAAUUCUGUAGGCUUAGGUGGAAGCACACUUGGUGCGAACAAUUCUACAUUAGGAAUUUUAGGCGGAGCUGCACCUCAACAAGCUGUACCUAUACAUCAACAAAUUUUAUUGAAGGUUACUUCUCCUUAUGGUGAUAAUCCAAUAUUUAAGGACCUGAAAAGAACAGACGAGACAGAUGCAUCGCGACCAACAAAUCCUAUAGCGCAACAAACGUUACUGGAAUCGAAAAAUUCAGAUUUCAAAAUAUCAUCGAAAGCAAGUCAAUUUAGUAUAAAAGUUAAACCAGUUGGAAGCGCAUUAACGAAAAAGUCACUUUUUGAGGGAUUGGAAGAGUAUGAUUCAAGUGUUGAAAGUUUUAGCUUAAAACCCAAUGCUAGACGUUUGAUAAUUAAUCCAAAGCCGAAUACUUCAACACCAGAAGCUGCAAUAAAUAAUGAAAGGAAAACUAUAGAGAGUCCUUUGCGCCAAAUUAAUAAUUUAACUACUGGUUCAAAUGGUAAUGAACGUAAUGAUUCAUAUUAUGCUGAUAAUGCAGUAACAACACCGACGUCAAUUGCGGUUGCUACUAGCACUGCUGUAACAAAUGACAACGAUGCAAGUCGACGUGAAUCGUGGCUGCAUCCAAAUAAUUUGAAUAAAGUGCGACAGCAAAAUAAGGAUGCAGAAAAUAACGCAAAUCACAACAACACACUUAUAGAGUUAAUGCCACGUAAACCUAUAGAAACGUACCGUCCUGCAAGCAGAUUAUCAAUGUCUACAGUGCCUGAAAAUCCUUUUGAAGAAACAAGUGGAACUGUUCGUAGAGACACAUUAUCAUUUACAGAUAACAAUGAGAGUUUAUUUUCGAAUCGGUCUUUUGGUCAUGAUGAACGUUCAAUAAUAGACAAUCAAGAAGACUACGAAGAGCAUCCUACCGGUAUUACUCUACGCAGAGUUGGAUAUUACACCAUACCACCAUUGGAAGAAUUGAAGUCAUAUAUAUCGGAAGAUGGCAGUUGCAUUGUACCAAACUUUACAGUUGGUCGGGAAGGUUAUGGUAAUGUAUAUUUUGCAAAAGAAAUGGAUGUGUCUAAUUUAAAUUUGGAUGAAAUUGUACAUUUCCGUAACAAGGAAAUAAUAAUAUACCCUGACGAUGAUAAUAAACCACAAGUUGGUUACGGUUUAAAUCGUGAAGCUCAGGUUACUUUAGAUAAAGUUUGGCCACAUGAUAAAACAAAGCACGAACCCAUUAAAGAUCCAGAACGUUUAUUAGAAAUGGAUUGGGAGGCAAAAUUAAGAAAAGUUUGCGAUAAGAACGAUACACGCUUUAUUGAGUAUCGACCAGAAACUGGUAGUUGGGUAUUCCGUGUUAAACAUUUUUCAAAAUAUGGUUUAAAUGACAGCGAUGAAGAAGAUGAUCCAGUACCGACUGAUCCGAAAAAAGCAAAAUUAGUGCCAGGUGCAAAUCAACAACCUUUAGAUAAAACUAAAACAGUGGCAACAAAAAAAGUAAAUGGUGAUGCUACUGGUAUUGUCGAUCCCAAAAAUAAUGCAUCAGGAGCAACUGCUUAUUUUCCUAUGGAUGAAUCCGCAGAAUUUAUGUUCAUGGAUAAGACACAAUUUCUUCAAAACAAUUCCAAUGAUUAUAGUAUGUCAAUGCAGGAUAAAAAUGCGAACAAAUUCACAUAUAUGAGUCCCACUGCUGCUUUAGCUAAAGAAGCAGGCACCGAUGCACAUAAAGUACAAUUAAUGAAAGCAUAUUUAUUCGAUGAUGACGAUGAUAAGUCAAUUUCAUCCGAUAUUGAGAAUCAAUACACAUUUGAUCAAAACAGCAAUAAAGGGUCUGGGGCUUUGCGAAACUAUGAUAUGCGUUCCAAUGUUUUGCGUUCGCUACAUAAAGAAUCAACUGUAAAUCUCUCUGAUAAUUUUUCCGAAGCUUCAAGUCAAAUGGAUUUUGGUAUGCACGGUACUCCACUUCCACCAGAAUCGUCUGCAGCUUCAAUAUUAAGCAUACAACGUGAAUUACACACAAAAACACCAGUUGCUGAAAGUGAAGAUAACGCUCUUGUACCAGUAACAACACAGAAAUUCCCAAUAUUUGAUAUAAAACCAAAAGUAGCUCAGAUCAAAAGUUUUGCAUUCGAAUCACCACUUAACAAAUCAAUCGCUGGACACUUAAAAGGAAAAUGGGCAUCUGAUUUAGGCCUAUUUAACGCUAGACGUUUUAAAUUAGGUUUUGGACCACAAAAUACAUUAGUUGUUCCAAAUACAAAAAAUAAUAUUAUAAGAGAUAUAAAAGAAGAUAAUUUAUUAAGCAUAACACCGUUCCUUUUUAAACAACGAGCGCUUAAUGAUUACUCACCGACAAUUCUACAGCACAUAAAGAUUACAGCUACUGAAUGUUAUGACAAUUUCAAAGAUACUGUUGUAGAGCACUUGCAAAUCCAAUUACGUAGUUCACUACAGAAGGAUGUCGAAGGCAGUGAUUGUCCAUGGAUUAAGUCUGAUAAUGGUACAGAUUUAAUUGUCAAACAUCUAGAUGAAGCUAUUAAACAAAUCAAUAAUGGUAGUUUCGAAGAGUAUGCUGUGACGGUUUGGUCUCUUUGUUUGGCAUUGUGGGGUGAUCAUGAAGAACUAGAGGGUCAAGAUGCAGAUUCACAUUGUCUUGACGCUUUAGUACGUGAAUUCAAAUCUGGGCGUGUGACAUUACGUCGAAAUCGUCGCAAAACGAAAACCAACGAUGCAUUGCAGGAAAUGUUCCAAGUCUUAGAAAUAAGUCAGAAACAAAAUAGGGACUCUAAAAUAUGUAUCGAUAUGCAUAUCUAA